AUGUACACAGUGGGCUACUCCCUCUCCCUCGGAGCCCUGGUACUGGCUUUGGGCAUCCUGGUAUCAUUCAGGAAGCUCCACUGUAUGAGGAACAACAUCCAUAUGAAUCUGUUUUCCUCCUUCAUCCUGCGUGCUGUCUCCAUCCUGAUUAAAGAUGUCCUGCUAGACUCCCUGUCCGUCCCCCUGGCCCCCGGGGCUGACACCCACCAUCAGACGGUUGCCGGGUGCCGUAUCGCCAUGGUGAUGAUGCAGUACAGCGUCAUCGCCAACAACUAUUGGCUGCUGGUGGAAGGCAUCUACCUGCACAGCCUCCUGGUCGUCACCGUGUUCACUGAGAGGAACUACUUCUGCAUCUACCUGUUUAUCGGCUGGGGUGCUCCUCUGAUAUUCGUGUUGCCGUGGGUGAUAGUCAAAUACCUGUACGAGAAUGAAGAGUGCUGGGAGAGGAACAUCAACAUGGGUUACUGGUGGAUUAUACGUUCUCCCAUCCUGUUAGCUUACCUGAUGAAUUUCUUUAUCUUCAUCCGGAUUAUAAAGAUCCUGAUGUCGAAGCUCAAGGCCCAUCAGAUGAGAUACACAGAUUACAAGUUCAGGCUGGCUAAAUCCACUCUGACCCUCAUCCCUCUGCUGGGUAUUCACGCCAUCCUCUUCACCUUAGUCAUCGAUGAGUCCGUCCCCAAAGGUUCCAAGAUGCGUCUCAUCCGCCUCUUCUACGACCUCCUCUUCAACUCCUUCCAGGGCCUACUGGUGGCCAUCUUGUAUUGUUUCGUCAACAAAGAGGUCCAGUCUGAGAUGUUGAAAAAGUGGAAGAGGUGGAAGCUGGGUAAAGACAUCGAGGAAGAGUACCGUCAUACAUACAGCCACGCGCCUCACGUCAAGAGCGGCAGCAUCGUCACCGGCAACCUGGCCGGUGUCCAAGACAACGGCAGCGACCCUAAAGACUCACAGUUGACCCCCAACCCCGACUACGACCCUGAUCCUAACCCUGCCUCAACCUCCAUCACCCCCAAUGAGAGCAGUAGAUUGGUGGGGUCCUGCCACAACAGGACGGAUAAAACAAAGACUCAACCCUCCCUGCAGUGUCCCUCCACACCACAUGGUGGCACUAACAACUGCAGCACUCUGAUGGAGGACAUUUGUCUGGAGGAGAGGGCUCAGAGUUAUACACGCCCAGAGGAGGGCGCCGAAAGCAACUUCUGACCAACGGGGGAAGACCAUCCCCGGCCUAUGGAUAGAUUGAUUGGUUGAUUGAUAGAUUGCUAAAGUGUUCAGGUGUAGAAAGAGACAACACACCUACUGGAGGGGACCGUUAAUGCACUGCAAGUCCAGAUCUUAUGGAUUGAUUGGUUGGUUGGUUGGUUGAUUGAUUGAUUGAUUGGUUGAUUGAUUGGUUGAUUGAUUGAUUGGUUGAUUGGUUGGUUGAUUGAUUGGUUGAUUAAUUGAUUGGUUGAUUGCAGGUCCAGAAGACUUGAUGGUCUGAAAAUAUGAAACAUUUUACUGUUUAUUUUUCAGAGACCAUAUUUUGACCCCACGGGAUUGACCACAUUCCCCACUGUGUUCAGGUUGACAAGGACUACUGCUGAAGGGAAACUAGCAGGCCUGCUAGCUGUGUUCAGGUUGACAAGGACUACUGCUAAAGGGAAACUAGCAGACCUGCUAGCUGUGUUCAGGUUGACAAGGACUACUGCUAAAUGGAGACUAGCAGGCCUGCUAGCUGUGUUCAGGUUGACAAGGACUACUGCUGAAGGGAAACUAGCAGGCCUGCUAGCUGUGUUCAGGUUGACAAGGACUACUGCUGAAGGGAAACUAGCAGGCCUGCUAGCUGUGUUCAGGUUGACAAGGACUACUGCUGAAGGGAAACUAGCAGGCCUGCUAGCUGUGUUCAGGUUGACAAGGACUACUGCUAAAGGGAAGCUAGCAGGCCUGCUAGCUGUGUUCAGGUUGACAAGAAGUACUACUAAAGGGAAACUAGCAGACCUGCUAGCUGUGUCCAUGUGUAUGACCGCUAACCAAACGCUACCCUCGCUCAACAACUCCCUGGCUGUGCUCCGGGUUCUCCUUCCCUUUUCUAGAAGUGCACUAGCACCCCCGUCAAUCAUUUAAAGCGUAGGAUUGGUGUAGCUUCACAUUGGCUGGAGGUAAUUACCCAACAUUUUCAAAUUCAUGUGAGGAAGUCCACACCGUGUGUCCCUGUUCUCUACUGCUACUGAGAGCUUCACUUGUCCUCUAUGUCUUUGUGAGUGUGGCCCAAACGGAGCACUAUUCCCUAUAUAGUGCACUACUUUAGACCAGAACCCUAUUGUAUAUAGUACACUACUUUAGACCAGAACCCUAUUGUAUAUAGUACACUACUUUAGA